GGGAAAAAAAAAAGCUCCUAACAGCUGAAACCAAACCAGCGACUGGAACCUAGGGAGUCCUCUCGGUGCCUCGUGCAAGCUGAUUUUAGACUUCAAUUAGAUUGUGUUGUAUUCAGAGAGUCCAGUACAAACACAAACCACUGGCUCACAGUGUUUUUAUCAUCGACCCAUCGUCUAAUCCGCUGCUGCAUUACUUUGCAGCAUCUCCUAGCAGAGGCUGGGUUAGCUCAGCGAGCUAACCGGCAGACCGUGUCCGCGGUCAGGUAUCCCGGAAUGAGAGAGGGGGAAUACCGGGUUGCUUUGGAGGUGGUCCGUCUUGUUUAAUGAUUUGUGGAACAUAUGAUUACGCAGUGAACUAAGACAGGCAGCAGACACCGCAAGUAUCUUUUCCAGUUAAGAAAACCCCCGCUUGCAUCAAGCUAACGUUAAAGGGUAGGUUAAUACUUUAGCUAACAACAGCUAGCAGUAAGGUUAGGGAACUCAUCCCAGUUGCUUCAACAGUAAACCCAAGGAGCUUCGGGGACCGAGACAAGAGAUGGCCAGUAACCCAGUGGCAGGGUUUACCUGCCACGCUAAUGGAGAAAAGACAACAGGACGAGUGUCCGGUUCUGGCCGCUUAUGUCGGCACCAGUCCGAGUUAGAGUCCGACGUUGCCCCGACUAUGAAAAGUUUAGCACGGCUGUGCAGCAGGGACGAGGAGGAGCGCGCAGCGGCUCUGGAGGAGCUGAGCCAGCAGGUCCUGGUAGGUUUAGGAUUGGACCGGCCCGGUUCGGAACGGCUGAGUAAACAAACCCUUCUGCAUCUGCUGCGGCUUUCCCGGUCGUGUCCGCUGCAGGAAGUACGAGGGAGGGCAGCCGAGCUGCUGCGGACCGCACAGGAACAAGGAGUUGAAGUACCACGGGCUCUGGCCUCAGGUCCAAGUGCCUUUAUUUCUGCAAAACAGAUGCUGAAAGAAGAGCCAGACCAGGACAUCCUGAUCGAAUCCUUUCUUUCACUGGGCUGUGUGGACCACAUCAUUAUGGUGAUGGCCCUGCACCCUGCUUACCUCAGCUGCUUCCUGAGGACCCAGCAUGCUUUGUUGGAGCUGGAUGGCCCCUUGCCCCAUCAGUGGAGACAUUACAUUGCUGUUAUGGCUGCAGCUCGACACCACUGCUCAUACCUGGUGCAGCAGCACAGUGCAGGCUUCCUGGAGGCCGGAGGAGAGGAGAGCUGGCUGAGUGGCCUGGAGCAUGCUCCCACCAAACUCAGCAGCCUGCAAACACUCAACAAACUGCUGGCACACAGACCCUGGCUCAUUACGCAGCAGCACAUCCAGGAGCUGGUGUGUCCAGGCGCAGAGCCUCGCUGGUCACUGGCUGAACUUGUACACGCUGUGCUCCUGAUGGCACACGCUCAUUCACUCUGCUCUUUUGUGUGGGGCUGCGGCUUAAACCCUGAACCCGACCACAUCGGAGGUUACACCUUCCACCCUCCUUCACCCAGUCAUCUUCCCCAUAGCCCCCAUAGCCCUGCUCACGAGGACGGCAGGCAUGAGUUUGUUGACGGAGCUAUGGAGGUGGAGGUGUUGAUGAAGAGGAUGGUGGAGCUGCAGCAGCAGCAGGAGGAGGAGUGCACACAGGAGGAGAUGGUUACUCGCUUUGAGAGGGAGAGGAGUGAGAGCAUACCAACAGCGGUGGUGCGGGGAGUUCCACCUGACCUGGUACUGCGCCUGGUGGAUGAUCCAGAGUUCAGAUACGAAGACUUUGCACCCAGAGGAGAGCAGUCUCCACCCACCAUGAGAGCACAAGACUAUUCAUGGGAGGACCACGGCUUCUCUCUGGUCAACAGACUACUGCCAGACAUGGGCCAGCUCCUGGAUGAGAAAUUCCAGGUGGUGAGCAACUUGACAUACCACAGGAUGGCCAUGCACGAAGGUGUGGACACCCACACUCUGAGAAAAGCUCUGUGGAACUACAUCCACUGCCUCUACGGGAUACGAUAUGAUGAUUAUGACUACGGCGGCGUGAACGUGUUGCUGGAGCGCUCUCUGAAGGUGUUUGUUAAAACUAUGGCCUGUCACCCUGAGCAGACAACAGCACACAUCUACCAUGACUUCUGGAGGCACUUCAGACCCUCUGAAAAGGUACACGCAAACCUAAUAGUGAUGGAAGCCCGGCUACAGGCAGCCCUUCUUUACACCUUACGAGCCAUCACACAUUACAUGAGAUGACACACGAGAUGUUUUUGCAGAGGCUGAGCCAGCUGUGACAUACCACAGCCCAAUGCAUUACACAACAUCAACAGAAAAUCUUGCGUACAUGCACACACACGUACACACAAACACUACAAUGAAUGUUUGUAUAUGCUUAUCUUAUGUUGGACACUUCGUGUUUUGAUGCUGCUUCACAACUUGAAUAUCUGAUAUUUAAAAUUUGUUACUUAUUUUUGCACUGAAAUCGAUCAGGUUUUUUUUUUUUUUUCCCCUCUUGAGCCUCAGGUGGGACACU